AUGGAUUCCAAAAUUUUCCCGGAUAUCACCACAUCUCAUAUACGCAUCAUCAAUUUGGAGCAUUGGGCAUGGUGGGCUAGUCAUUUCCACGGUCGUAUUCAUAAAGCAUUACGGACCGAUACGGGUGAGGUGGUUGUGGUAAAGACGAUCAACGUGAAUGGAAAGGAUGCUGCGUCCUGGAAGGACGAAGAUGAAAUUUGCAGCCGCCAACUUGACACUCUCAAAUCGAAUUUUGACUGGAUAACACGUCUGCGCCAUCCAAAUCUCCUGCGCCAUAUGCAUUACCAGGAGCAGAUGAAAGGACAACAACGACUGUAUCGCUUUGAGAUUUUUAUUGAGCUUUUCGGAAGGGACACUCUCCAUGAUACUGCCUGCUCAGUGGAGCUAACUCCCCUGCAGACCCAACACAUGAUGCGGCAGGUUGUCGACGGUCUGGCGUAUCUGCACGAACACCGUUGUGCUCACCGUGACCUUCGUGGUUGUAACAUCCUGGUGGCACCAACUAGAACAGGCACUUACCUUGUGAAAAUAGCUGGGCUUGGCAACAUCAAGGACGUCACCCAUAAAUGGUCCUACCGCCGCGAUUACAGUUACUAUCGUUUUUUCGCCCCCGAACGUUUCUCUGAUACACCUCCGCAAUACCAACCGCCGGGCCUAGCUAGUCGGCGCAGUUUUUGUCUGGAUGUGUGGAGUUUGGGAUGCGUUGUCCUGGAGGUGGUUAACCGUGGGUGGCCGGAAUUUUAUGUCACAGGUGAUCAGGGUCAGCGGGUAAAGAAGGCUACCAACCUAUUCGGUAUAAUGUGCGUCAUUAUAACGCAGGAAGGUUCCCCGCACAUUCCCGAUGCUCUGCCGGAAACAGUACGAAGUUUUGUCAAGAGCUGUCUGGAGCGUGAGCCGACUAAUCGCCCUCUUGUUACAGAUCUAAAAGGGCACGAAUUUUUGAUUGCGCCACAAGAUGUUGUUGCGAAAUGGGUUCUACCUCGCAGUGUAACGGAACAUGACUUUGUCCAAUAA